AUGUCGUCCUCUGCCCUCCCAGAAUCCCAUCCAGCGGUGCACGAACACAAGGGCAAGACCUGCCCCGUUACAGGACAAACACACGAUUUCUGUGCCGCCCAACCAGAAGAUAGCCGCUCCCCUUGUCCGGCGCUCAACACCAUGGCCAAUCAUGGUUACAUUUCCCGUAACGGCAAAAACAUCAGCGCCUCGGAAAUCGUCACCGGGUUGAAAGCAUGCUACGGGCUCUCAACGCCCUUAGCGCUCUUCCUUUCCCAUGUUGGAUUUCUCGUCCUGCGGAAGACUUUCCGCCGAGUUUCGUUAUUUGAAAUCGGGAAACACGGCCAAGUCGAGCACAACGCGAGUCUGGUGCAUCACGAUACUCCCGCCGGUGAAGUGUACGCCCCGAUAGAGAUCGACGCAGGAUUAGUGGACAAGUUAAUCGAUGACGUCGAAGGGGGCGAGAAGAUGAACGCAGUAGAUGUUGCGAGAGCACGGAUACGAAGGGAGAAGCAAAGCCCAGUGUUGGACGGGGUGCAUGCUGAGAUUGCGAGGGGGGAGAUGGCAAUUAUACUAGGAGUGUGGGAGGAGGGGGCGGGGACGGAUAAACUAGGGAUUCCGGCUGCUUGGAUGCGAAGGUGGAUCCAAGAAGAGAAGUUGCCCGACGGGUGGAGGCCUACGCGGACGCAGGGGUUGUUGGACACGGUGAAGAGGUCCAAGGCAAUCCGCACGGCGAUGGAGGACUUCAGGAAGGCCGAGGCCGAAGCGGCUAAAGAGAAUUAAAAGGUGGAAAGUUGAAGCUCUAAUUCCUCGUUUUGACUGUCCAUGGCCUCGUGGCUCAUCUUGAGCGAUUCUCUCGCUUCUUUCUUUCAGGCUGCUUUCGCUGUGGACAGCAUUUACCUAUACCCUCACUUCUUUUCUGAGGUUACUUCUAGGAAAUUUUAGGACGUUUACGAUGAAGUGUCCGUAUUUACUUACAACGUACAUGUACGUACAUUCUAUGCAAAUCUACCAUACUACGUUUUCUUACCAUUGA